CGCCCCGCGCCCGCCAUUGGCGCGUUCGAAGUCGGGCGGCGGCGGCGGCAGCGCCAUGGCGGCGGAGCGGCUGCGGAGCGCGCUCGGCGGGUGGCGGCUGCCGGAGCUGGCCGCAGUGUGGGUGGACACGGUGUGGGAUCUGGAUUUCACGGAGACCGAGCCUCUGGAUGCCUGGAUAGCGGAGGAGAUCACGGCCGAUGGGCUCGACACCUUCACCGGGCUGUACCGCGCUCUGGCGCCCUUCGCUGCCGGGGACCAGGGGAGCAGAGAGAACGUCUGGACCUUGUUUGCUGAGAACAGCCUGUCCCACCAGGCCCUGGUGGCCGUGCUGCAUCACUUUGUGCAUGUGGGCCAGCACAAAAGAGCCAACAGGCAGCAGAGGGUGUUUGCUCUGCACUCAGCUGGGCUCUACCUGCUGCUGCUGGAGAUCCCAGGCAGCAUAGCCAACCAGGUGUUCCACCAAGUGAUGUUUGAUAAAUGUCUUCACACCCUGACAAAAUGCUGGCCUCAAGAGACGAAGAAAAGGAAAAAGGCACACGCUCAAAGCUCUCAGCCCAAUGCCAGAAGGAACAAGAAGAAAGGGAAACUGUGCAGUAAUGACAGCUCCAGUAUAGAAGAGCUGUUGGAAGAGGAGAAGGAAGAGGAUGAUGAGAAUGUUUACUUCUCAACAGAAGAUCUUCUCCAAAUCCGCAAUGCCAUCUUCCUCCUUUUAAAAAACUUCCUGAGGCUUCUGCCCAAGUUCUCCCUAAAAGAAAAGCCUCAGUGCAUGCAGAACUGUGUGCAGGUCUUCGUUGAGAUGACCAGCUUUGAGCCAGUGCUCCACGAGUUCAAGUUUUCAUCAGCCAUGGAUGUUAAUAAAGCCAAGUACAUUCCUGAGCUGGCCUAUUACGGACUUCACUUACUGUGCUCCCCUCUCCACGGCACAGAAGAUAAGACCCUUCGGUGCGUGUUCCAGCGCCUGCUCAGUGUCGUUCUGAUGGUGGAGAGCAGUGGGGGCUCCCGGCGUGAGGCCCUUCCCAUCACAUCAGCCGUGACCAGCGCCAGGAACCAGGCUGUGAAAUUCAUCAGUUCUCUGGUCGAUGAGCUGAAAGAAGCUGUUUAUCCUGUUCUGCGAAUCUUGCUCCAACAUAUCUGUACCAAGGUGCCAGACAAGGCUGAUUAUCGCACCUAUGCUGCCCAGGCUCUGGUGACCCUGCUGGACAAACUCCCCUGUGCAGAGUUCGCUGAAUUCAUCGCUUGGCUUUAUAAAUACUCACUCACCAAAGUUUCCUACAGAGUGUUUGCUCUUGAUGUAGCCUUGGCUUUGUUGGAGCUGCCAGAGAGGAGCCCAGGCAGCUCCUUGUCCCAGGAUCAUCAGAGUUUGCUAAAGCACAAGUUUUUAGUGCAGGUCAUGGUGUUUGGCCGGUGCUCAGACAAAGCCCCCGUGGUCCGGAGCAAAGCUCUCAGCAGCUUUGCCUGUUGUCUGGAGAUGAAAGCUGCUGCCACCUUGGAGAGCAUUCAGGACUUACUACAGAGCUCCUCUGUCCACACAGCGUUGGAAGCAAACACAAACACUGCCAGUGUGACAGCCAGUACAGAAGCUGUGUCCAACCAACCACUGAGGACCUUACCAACUUUCAGAACUAUCGAGCUGACAGACAGCAGUGACACUGCUGGGCCUGAUGAAAAAGAAGUCAUGGCCAUGCUGAGAGUGAGAGCUGGAGAUGAGAAAACCAACGUGAGGAAAUCUGCCCUGCAGGUGUUUGUGAGCCUCCUGAAGCAGGGCAUGGUGCCCUGCACGGCCGAGGAGCUGGGCGUGCUGCGCGAGCGCUGCCGGGACCCCGCCGUGUCCGUGCGGAAGCAGGCGCUGCACUCCAUCACCGAGCUGCUCCAGUCUCAGCAGAGCAAUGUCCUGGUGCAGAAGGCCUGGUUGGACGGAGUGGUGCCUGUGGUGAUGGAUGCAGAAAGCUCUGUCCAAGAAAAGGCCUUGGAUUGCCUUGAUCAGCUCUUGCUGCAGCACAUAAAACCUUACAAUAAAUUCAGGAGCGAUGAUGGGAGGCAGGAGCUGGCGUGGGAUCUGCUCUCCCUGCUGUCUUCAGAAAGCCAGGAGCUCAGCCGUUACCUGAGCAAAGCCUUCCUUAUGUGGUCCAAGCAGAAGAAGUUCACCUCCACUUUCAUCAAUAAUGUCAUGUCUCACGUGGAGACAGAGCAUUCCAGGGCAGCUUGGAUGUUGCUUGCCAAGGUGGCUGGCUCUUCCCCCAAGCUGGAUUAUUCCAAGAUCAUUGAUUCCUGGGACAGUGUCAGCAGGCAGCAGAACACGAGCAGUGGCACCGUGGGACACGUCCUGUGUGUCAUUGGGCACGUGGCAAAGCACCUCCCCAAGGGCAGCUGCGAGGGGCUGAAGGAGAACAUCCAGAGCUGGCUGAAGGAGUCUCAGUGUCCCCUGGAGGUGAUCAGCCCAGCUGUGGAGACCCUGCAGAAGCUCUGCCAGGCCUCUGCAGCUGCACCAGAGGAGACACAGGAGCUGCUCAACCAGGUGUGUGGAGAUUUGGUAUCCACCUGUGAGACCUACAUCUCCAACAUAGUCCUCAAAGAGGAAGGAGCAGGGCAGCUGCAGGAAGAUCUCUUGGUGAGACACCUCUUCCUGCUGGGUGAGGCUGCCCAGCUGUGCCCAGCCAAGGUGGACAAACACAUCUUCCUUUUGGUUCAGUCCAUCCUGGCCUCUUCUGGCAGCAAGGACCAAGUGUCUGCUUGCACAGACAGUGAGGAGAUGCCCAGCUCCCAGCCACUGUCCCAGUUCAGGGGCUCAGCCAUGCCUCCCGUGGUCAGGGCUCACGCACUCAUCACUUUAGGGAAGCUGUGCCUGCAGCACGAGGAGCUGGCCAAGAAGUGCAUCGCGGCGCUGGCGCGGGAGCUGGAGGUGUCUCCGGACGUGGCCGUGCGCAACAACGCGGCGCUGGUGCUGUGCGACCUGUGCGUGCGCUACACCUCGCUGGGGGACAGAUACAUCCCCAACAUCUCCCUGUGCCUGCGGGACCCGCACCCCUUCAUCCGCAGGCAGACCCUCAUCCUGCUCACCAACCUGCUGCAGGAGGAGUUUGUGAAAUGGAAGGACUGUCUCUUCUUUCGCUUUGUCAGUGUCUUGGUGGAUCCAGACCCAGAUAUUGCCAGGUUUGCAGAGUUCUGCCUGGUGCAUCUCUUGCUGAAGAGGAACCCCGUGAUGUUCUCCCAGCACUUCAUCGAGUGCAUCUUCCAUUUCAACAGCUACGAGAAGCAUCAGAAGUACAACAGGUUUCCCCAGAGCCUGCGGGCGAAGCAGCUCUUCUCUCUGAAGGGGAAGGAAAACAAGGAGAAGAGGAUGAGGAUCUACACCUUCCUGCUGGACCACUUCACAGAUGAGCAGAGGUUCAGCAUCACCACGAAGAUCAGCCACAGCAUCCUAGCUUGCUUUGUGGAUGAGGUCCUUCCUUUGGACCUGGAAGGCAGCGAGCUGCUCUCAGAUACCUUUGCAGUCCUCAGCUGCAAAGAAAUCAAACUCUCAAGUAUGAGGUCCAAACCUGAGGAAGACAUUCAGGCUGAUGAAGAUGAGAUGGCCAUGGCCAAUGCUGUCAUGCAGGUGGCCCAGAAAAAGCUCAUCUCGCAGGGAGGGCACAGACCUUCCCUCGGGGGGCGUGCAGAGCGAGGUGCCAGUGCCGUGUGUUUGUGCCCUAGGGCCGCCUCCCUGAGCACGCUGGCCAUCCUGAACUCGGCCAGGAAGGCGCUGCAGGAGCGGAGCCAGCAGCGCAGCAGGAGCGUGGGCAGGAGCCUGGCAGCGGGCACCGCUGGCAGCCAGCAAGGCUCCUUCCAAAGCCUGAACCAGCAGUCCAGUGGAGGAAACAUGGCUGUGGUGGGCAGAGCAAUCAGCACCCCAGAGGAGACCAUUAAUGAGUUGACUUUCAGUGCUGGGGUCAGUUACAUCAGCCUGAUGCACACACCCCGUUCAGCACCAGUGAAGAAAGAUCCUGAGGAUGAGCCAAGGGAUAUCAUCUGUUUGACAUCGCCGGAGAAACCCCCAAGCCGGCCUCGGGAGUGGAAGGUGGAGUCCCCAGCCAGGAGGAGCAGCCAGCCCCUGCGACGGUCACAGCGCAGAGCCCCCCUGAGGGCAGACACCUGAGCCUGCCCCGGGCUGCUGCACAGACCACCAGGCUGCCUGGAACUGCCCCUCCCUCUGCGACGAGAAAUGGGUGUGAAUGCACAUCCUGCUUUAUCUGCUCUGAGCUGGUUUUCCCCAGAACUGUCCUGCAGAUGGGCAGAGCCUGCGUAGCACACGGAUGGGUUGUAAGUGAUGCUCUUCACAGAGCUCAGAGCUGCAGGGUAAAAGGAGGGUGGUGUUGCACUCUCAGGAUGUGUAAUUUGUCCAUUUGGAAAAGUAAGGGCAUAACGUCGCCACAAGCCUGGCAAUAAAUGCAUUUAUCACAGCUUGCAGGGCAGUGAGUGGCUGGGUUUACUCACCCAAUCCCUCAUUGUCCCUCUUGGUUAUAUAAUAGAGUUGCUUUAAUUUGAAAAAAGGUGAAACAGCUUGUCACUGCCACACCCCUAAAUCUGGUAAUUGCACGCUACAUCACCUCUUAUUUGUUGUGCAAACUCCUGUGUGUAUGAACAGCCUUAAUGUUCUUUUUAUAUGGAAUAUUUCCAUUCCUGAACUGUGUUAUUUCAAACUAUUAGCAUUUGAUGAAAAUAAAUGGUUGCAGAAUUAAUUCCACCCACGGCGUCUCCCCUUUUCUUCAGCUGACAGAGAAAUGAUUUUUUUUUCCCCUGUAGAUUUCUACAGCCUCUCAGUCUCUUCUACCACAUCACUGGUAUCUUGGGCCCUCAGUUCAAUUAUUGUUGGGCCCAGCAGCUUUUAAAUAGAGACUCUGACUUGACUGCAAGCAGGGUAUGAGUGACUCAGACAAGGUGGGUAAGUGCUCUGGGCAGGUACCUUGUUCCUCCUAAACAUCUCGGGUAAAUCUGAUUCUCCCUGAUGGCCACGUGCACCUCACUGAAGUUCUUCUGUUGUUAACUUUUAUCACAGAGCUCAUGGCCUACAUUUCAUUGGAACUUGGAGCUGGGAUCUGUUUUAUUCCUGCUGGUUUGUCUAACUCAGACACAAGCCGCAGGCAUGGAGCAGGAUUUGCUGCAGGAGUGGAAACAGAGGCACUUGUCUCCUGCACUGGAAUCCCAUCAUUUGCCUCCACUUUCCCUACUCUCUUUUGAAGAUCAGAGAGCCCUUCAAGUGAGGUUAAACUUUAUUCCCAAAAUCAAAGUCAGAGAACAGAGGAUGUAUGGAAUGGCUUUGGCUGAAGCUAUGGCCAAACCAUUUAUUUCUGUACCUUCUCUCCUGCCUUCAGCUGUUAUUUAACCACUCUGAAGGGUAAAUUGGGAUAGUUUAUUUCCUACUUUGUUCCUCCUCGAGCAGUAUCUGAGAUGGGCCCUGUGAGUUUUACCCUGUCUUCUCUAGAGAAGAACCAGGAACAAAUGUCCAAGAAUAAACUGAUAAACAGCCCUGGACU